AUGACCCUACAACAAUCUUCAAGUUCACCAUCACAAAACCCACAAGCAGAAGAAGAAGAAGACCAAAACCAAGCUCAAGCUUCAGGUCCGAUCCCGAUCGCAGCAUUAGCCGAACACGGUUUUUCUUCAUCAGAUAUACAAAAACUAAUCACAGCUGGAAAUGAUACAGUAGAAGCUAUAGCAUAUCAACCCAGAAAAUCAUUAAUAGCCAUCAAAGGAAUUUCAGAAGCAAAAGCCGAUAAGUUACAAUUUAGGAAAGGUAGAGAUACAACUCGGAUUGUGAAAGUGAUCGAUUCACCUUGUUUACCAGAAGGAGAAACCAAGAUUGCACUAUGUCAAAAUGGAAUAGGUGAUCCAGAAGAAGAUUGA